AUGUGCAGCCCGGGGCGGGCGCCGCCUGGGCCGGCCCCGGCGGGGGACCUGCCGCCCGAGUGGGAAACGGACGACGAGCGUAUGGCUUUCCUCUUCUCGGCUUUCAAGCAGAGCCGUGAGGUGAACAGCACCGAGUGGGACAGCAAGAUGGCCUUCUGGGUCGGGCUGGUGCUGGCCCGCGGCCGUCGCCGGGGUGUCGUGCGGACCUGCCUGCGAGAGCUGCAGCACAGCUUCGAACGGCGCGGCAGCCUCCCGCUGGGCCUCGGCACUGUCCUCCGGGAGCUCCUCAGACGUGGCAAGCUGCAGAGGGAGUCAGACUUCAUGGCCAGUGUAGACAGCAGCUGGAUCUCCUGGGGUGUGGGAGUCUUCAUUCUGAAGCCCCUCAAGUGGACUCUCUCCAGUGUGCUGGGUGACAGUAAGAUACCUGAGGAAGAGGAAGUCCUGAUUUAUGUGGAGCUGCUGCAGGAGAAGGCAGAGGAGGUUUAUCGUCUCUACCAGAACUCGGCGCUCUCUUCCCACCCGGUUGUUGCCCUCUCUGAGCUGCGUUCCCUCUGUGCCACAGUCUGUCCAGAUGAGAGGACCUUCUACUUGCUGCUCCUCCAGCUGCAAAAGGAGAAGAGGGUCACCAUCCUGGAACAGAAUGGAGAGAAGAUAGUGAAGUUUGCCCGAGGUCUUCAUGCCAAAGUCUCCCCCAUGAAUGAUGUGGACAUUGGAGUCUAUCAGCUGAUGCAGAGUGAACAGCUGCUGUCACAGAAGGUGGAGUCCCUUUCCCAGGAAGCAGAGAAGUGUAAAGAGGAUGCCCGGAGUGCUUGCAGAGCUGGGAAAAAGCAGUUGGCACUGAGGUGUUUGAAGUCCAAGCGGAGGACGGAGAGGCGAAUCGAAGAGCUUCACUCCAAGCUGGAUGCAGUGCAGGGCAUCUUGGAUCGGAUCUACGCCUCCCAGACUGACCAGAUGGUAUUUAAUGCCUAUCAGGCUGGUAUGGGAGCUCUGAAGCUUUCCAUGAAGGAUGUUACUGUGGAGAAGGCAGAGAACCUGGUGGAUCAGAUCCAAGAGCUUUGUGAUACUCAAGAUGAAGUAGCCCAGACUCUGGCUGGAGUGGGGGUCAAUGGUCUAGAGAUGGACACAGAGGAACUGGAGAAGGAGCUGGACAGUCUCCUCCAGGACUCAACUAAGGAGCCUGUAGAUCUGCCUGCUGUUCCUCAGAAGGUGCUGAACCCACCCAUUUCUGAUGCUGAGCUUGAAGCUGAGUUGGAAAAGCUCUCUGUGUCUGAUGGAG